GUCCGGUUCCGGAGGACUUAAAACUCAGCCGCUUCUUUACCUCUUGAGGUUGGUUGUAUUCCGUCCAAUUGCCCAUUUCUUCCACAGUUCCACAGUAUAUCUUCUGUUUCCACCACUCUUUCAAUUGCGCGAGCUCCAAACAAUGGCAACAUCCCCAAGGAAUAUAAACCCCCAUCAAGAUGGGUCAUUCCAUAAUAUUUCGCAGAGCCUGAACUUCUCCACCUCCCCUAGUGCCUCGUUCCAGUCAGCUCCGUCUAGUCACGGAGGUUCGGCCUUUGGAAGCCGUACGAUCCCUUUAGCCAAUGCAAAGCACCUUAAGCCGUUUGCAACGGAAGAUAUUAAGGUAUUGCUGCUGGAGAAUGUCAAUCAAACUGGCAGGGAUAUCCUUACCAAGCAGGGCUAUCAAGUGGAGUUUCUCAAAUCUUCUCUUCCAGAAGACCAGCUGAUUGAGAAAAUUCGGGAUGUUCAUGUGAUUGGAAUCCGCUCCAAGACAAAGCUGAGUGCCCGCAUUUUGAAGGAAGCCAGAAAUCUUAUUGUUGUUGGUUGUUUUUGCAUCGGAACCAACCAGGUCGACUUACAAUAUGCGGCCGAGCAUGGCAUUGCGGUUUUUAAUUCCCCUUUCAGCAACUCUCGGAGCGUUGCCGAAUUGGUUAUAGCUGAGAUCAUUGCCCUCGCUCGCCAGUUGGGUGAUCGUUCAAAUGAGAUGCACAGCGGCACUUGGAACAAAGUGAGCAAUAAGUGCUGGGAAAUUCGUGGAAAGACCCUCGGCAUUAUUGGUUACGGCCAUAUUGGUGCCCAGUUGUCGGUUUUAGCAGAGGCUAUGGGCAUGUCGGUUAUUUUCUACGAUGUAGUGAAUCUGAUGGCUUUAGGUACUGCUCGUCAAGUGCCAACCCUGGAUGAUCUUCUGUCCCAGGCAGACUUCAUCACAUGCCAUGUUCCUGAGCUUCCAGAAACAAGGAAUAUGAUAGGGCAACACCAGUUUGAACAAAUGAAGACUGGCAGCUACUUGAUUAACGCUAGCCGAGGGAGUGUUGUGGAUAUUCCCGCACUGAUUCACGCAAUGCGUUCGGGUAAAGUUGCUGGCGCUGCUCUUGAUGUCUACCCUAAUGAGCCCGCUGGUAAUGGUGAUUACUUCAACGAAGGGCUCAAUGAUUGGGCAUCGGAUCUUUGUGGUCUUAAGAAUUUGAUCCUUACACCACACAUCGGCGGGAGCACAGAGGAAGCGCAGCGUGCAAUUGGUGUCGAAGUCGCGGACGCAUUAGUGAGAUACGUCAAUGAAGGCACAACAUUGGGUGCCGUCAACAUACCAGAGGUAGCUCUGCGUUCUCUCACAAUGGAUGAACCAAACCAUGCUCGGGUUAUCUUCAUUCAUCAGAAUAUUCCCGGUGUCUUGCGCAAAGUUAACGAGAUCCUUGGUGAUCACAACGUUGACAAACAGAUGACUGAUAGCAGAGGCGAUGUUGCCUACUUAAUGGCCGAUAUCAGCGACGUUGACAAUAUGACUAUUAAGGAUCUGUAUGAGAGGUUGGAGAGCCUUGAAUCCCGGAUCAUGACGCGAAUCUUAUACUAAAGGUUUGAUCCGACUCUCACCAUGACCCGAUGCUCAACUCUUUCACUCUUCCCUAACAAAGAAUGAAGUGAUAUAAUUGAUCGCACACUUGCUUUCUAGCAGA